AUGAAGAUUCUGUAUUGGAACAUUCGGGGUGUUAGGAAGGCAGCAGGGUUGUGCGCUUUACGUCUACUGGUGAUGGAGCAUGCCCCGGAUGUGUUAUGCUUGGCUGAACCCAUGGUUCAGGUAUGUAAAUUUCCUGUUAUUUUCUUUAGUCGGUUGGGGUAUGCGGUGGAUUUCAUUCAUAAUUUUCGGGAUGACAUAGUCCCAAAUUUAUGGAUUAUAUGGAAGUUGGGGGUUUCGAGACCAGUUGUUGCAGGUAUGUCUGAUCAAUAUAUAUCAGUCAUCUUUGAUUGGCCAGGUAGUAAAGUGGGUAUUUCUUUUGUACAUGCAAGUUCUUUUAAAAUUAUGCGUAGGCAAUUGUGGUUAGAUUUGGAGUUGUCGAUAUCAGCUUUGGUUCCGUGGUCUGUGAUGGGGGAUUUCAAUGCAACCCUGUUCUCGCAUGAGAAAAGAGGUCCUGGUAAGUUUAAUCUUGGAUCAGCUGCUGAAUUCCAGGCAAUGGUUGAUGCGUGUGAAUUGCUUUCUAUCCCUUCUCAGGGAAAGAAAUUCACUUGGACUAAUAAUCGUCGAAGGGGUCAUGCAGUUGCAGUGUUGGAUCGGAGUUUUUGUAAUGGGAAGUGGAUAGAUGUGUUUAGAAAUGUGAAGCAGCGUGUUUUGUUGUCUUCGGUAUCAGAUCAUGCCCCUUUAAUUGUUGUCUCUGAUGAUGUUCAAAGACCUACAAAUAUCCCCUUUAGAUUCCAUAGCUUUUGGAUGGAAAAUGAUCAAUUUAUCUCUGUGGUUGAGGAAGCUUGGAAAACUUCGAUAGGGGGUAAUCCAAUUUUCGUUCUGGCACAAAAAUUAAAGCAGGUCAAGGAGAAUUUAAAGGUUUGGGCGAGGGCCAAUUUUCCUAACCUGAAUGAUGAGGUCGAUAAAGCAAAGCUGGAAUUAAAGAAGGUUCAAGAUAUGAUAGAGGUGGCUGGGAUGAAUGAUGAAUUAUUUAACAGAGAGGCAGAUGCAAAAACAGUAUUAUUGAAGGCCAACCAAAUGUACGAGAAGUUGUGGGCUGAAAAAGCUAAACUGAGAUGGAUGAAAAAUGGAGAUUGUAACUCGAAGAUUUUUCAUCUCUCCGUGAAGCUAAGGAGGUUGAAAAAUCAGAUCACCUCCCUAAAAAAGGAAGAUGGAACUUGGGUUUCAGACCAACAGGGAAUAUCGUUUUAUGUCUCUGAUUUUUUUGAGAAAUUUCAUGAGGCUGAUGAAAUCACGGUUCAUAAUGACCUUCUUGAUAAUAUUCCCAGAGUGUUGGAGGAGGAGGACGUGGCAGGAUUGGAGAUUGUCCCGAGUGGGGACGAAAUAAAACUAGCUGUUUGGGAUUUAGAUCCUGUAAGCUCUCCAGGUCCUGAUGGGUUCCCAGGGAAGAAGAUAGUGGUGAAGUGGGAUGAGGUAUGUAAACCUACCAGGGAAGGCGGUCUUGGCAUUAGGAGGUUGCGAGAUGUUAAUUUUGCAUGCCUGUGCAAAUUAGCAUGGAAAAUCAAACAUGGAAAUUCUCUAAUGAGUGUUUUCUUUCGUGCUCGUUUUCUGAAGAUUGAUGGUUCGCUGAAAACUACCUACCUUUCCUCUUCGAUAUGGCCUGGUCUUAAAAAGGUGUGGCGGUGGGUACAGUCUCAUGAGCAAUGGACUGUUGGGAAUGGUCAGAGGAUAAAUUUUUGGAAAGAUAGCUGGCUGGGAAAGAAGUCUAUUGAGGAGAUGUAUGGUUCGCAGUUAGAUAUCUUUGAUUCGAUGCAGGCAAAGGUUUCUGAUUUCAUUUGCCAAGAUGAGUGGAAUUUUCCCUAG